UGGUAAAAUUGCUGGUCCGCCCUGGCAUGUAUUCUACCUUGCCGUUAAAGCAGCCACUGAGACGCCUAGGACAAUCACUCAACGACAAUUUGCAUUAUGAUAACAAUAAAAGUAUGACGUCCAAAGCAACCGUUGACUGGUAGAUGAACAAUACUUUCCAGGAAAAAAAAAAAUUCAUGACAGUCUCUCUGUAAUCUCGAUCAACAUCUCCAAGCAGUUACUUUUCAUGCAAAACUUGAGUUCACUGCUUAAUCAAGUUAUAUGUUACUUGUUUCACUUGACAUGAUCUCGACUUCACCAGCCAUCACUGUGAAAUGGGUCAUGGAUCCGUCUUGGUUGACUUCAGAACCGACGCUCUCUGCCUCUUCUACUUCCACUGAUAACUUGAAAGGGUUCAUCCUUGCAGUUGCCUCCGGUGCCUUUAUUGGCUCCAGCUUCAUCAUUAAGAAGAUCGGCCUCCAACGAGCCGGCGCUUCUGGUGCUCGCGCUAGUACUGGUGGAUAUGGCUAUUUGCUAGAGCCACUUUGGUGGGUUGGCAUGGUUACUAUGAUUGUUGGGGAAUUUGCUAAUUUAGUGGCUUACAUUUAUGCUCCCGCUGUGCUUGUAACACCACUUGGAGCACUGAGUAUAAUUGUCAGUGCUAUUUUAGCACACUUCUUCUUGAAUGAGAAAUUGAAGAAAAUGGGUAUUCUUGGAUGCAUUUUGUGCAUAGAAGGGUCUGUACUGAUUGUGCUUCAUGCCCCUAGCGAACAGAGUCUGACUUCGGUGGAGCAGGUCUGGGAGUUGGCCACCCAACCAGCUUUUCUCUUAUAUGUGGCCUCAACAAUAGCUGUUGCAUUGGUGCUGAUCUUGUACUGUGAACCACGCUAUGGACAGACAAACAUAUUGGUUUACCUUGGCAUAUGUUCUGUAAUCGGGUCAUUAACAGUUAUGAGUAUUAAAGCCAUAGGCAUUGCAAUAGAACUCACGCUUGAGGGUUCAAAUCAAUUGGGACACUUCCAGACAUGGAUAUUUCUUAUGGUUUCAGUUACAUGUAUAAUCAUUCAGUUGAAUUAUUUGAACAAGGCUUUGGACACAUUCAACACAGCAAUCGUUUCUCCAAUCUACUAUGCUCUGUUUACAUCAUUUACUAUCCUGGCUAGUGCCAUAAUGUUCAAGGAUUGGUCUGGCCAGAGUGCUAGCAGCAUUGUUUCUGUACUUUGUGGAUUCAUCACUGUUCUUUCUGGUACUGUGGUUUUGCAUAGUCAAAGAGAACCUGACCCACUUCCUGUUGCAGAUAUAUAUUCAUCUCUAUCCCCUCAAGUAUCAUGGCUUAUCAAUGCAAAAGGUGAAACCUGGAAGCAGAAAGUCGAUGAUAACCUAUUUCCAGAUUUUGACACAAUUCUUAUACAUGAUCAUUUCAAAUAAGAUGGAUGAUUUCUUGGCAUACCCAUAUUUUUUCUUUCUUUGUAACUUGCUGAAGAGUGUAAAGCCCACAAGAAGAAAACCAGCAGGCGUUAUUGUAUUUUCUCAAUGUAGAAUUACCGAAGGCAUUUUUAGUUUCAGGAGACUGUUUGAUUCCUCAAACACCUUGAAGCUCAAUACACUGCGGGCCUUGUUUCCACGGUAAUAAUUUCUUUUAUUAUAGUCUAUGAAAUAUCAGUUUUUUGCCACACCUUUUUGUAUUAUAGAGUUCAAAACAUUUUGGCUGUAGCUUUGCAUUACAAGAGUAGAUUAUAACCAUGCUCAAUUUUUUAUUUCUUCCGAGUCAAUUUCUGCUGCAGGUCGAUCUGUGUUCUGUGUACAAAGUGAUCUAAAUCAUCACCAAUUAAGCAAAUGUAAGAAUAGUUCUGUUUCUUUGCUUCCAAUUAGAGAGGUUCUAUAGGUUUUUCUGUUUUAAAUCUCAGCUUCUUGCUACUGCUGGUGUAAUUCUUCCAGGUUGGGCAUCUUUAUGACAGGCUAUUCUGUUUAUUUUUAAAGAUAAUUCAAUUUUGAUCCAUGAUUCAAUAGCUUAUGCACA